CUACGUAAACGUCACUGCGCUGACGUGCAGUCGGACGCCAUACUCGCGAGAUUUGUGGUGUCGGGAUUUGCCGUAUGACUGUAGAAGCGCGCCAGGAAAAUAGUUUUCUGGGAGCUGUAGGUGGCGUUCCGAAAUUGCGGGCUGUGUUAGGAAACGCUGUGUAGGGGAAAGAACAUGCAGGAACUGUAGCAACAGGUAUCAAGAAGUCUGCAAAUCAAUGACAGGAGUGGGUUGGUAAUCCAAAUAAUAACAUAAGAAAAUGGCAGUUCCAUUUGUUGAAGACUGGGAUCUUGUCCAGACUCUUGGGGAAGGGGCAUAUGGAGAAGUGCAGCUGGCAGUAAACCGGAAAACAGAAGAAGCAGUAGCAGUGAAGAUUGUGGACAUGACACGUGCAGCUGAUUGCCCAGAAAACAUCAAAAAGGAGAUUUGUAUUAAUAGGAUGCUUAAUCACACAAAUAUUGUAAGAUUUUAUGGACAUCGACGGGAAGGAAACAUUCAGUACCUCUUUCUGGAGUAUUGUCGAGGUGGUGAGCUCUUUGAUCGCAUAGAACCUGAUGUUGGAAUGCCUGAGCAAGAUGCACAAAAAUUUUUUCAGCAGCUAAUUGCUGGUGUGGAAUACCUGCACAGCAUUGGAAUAACGCACAGAGAUAUUAAGCCUGAGAACUUACUCUUAGAUGACCGAGAUCACCUGAAAAUCUCUGACUUUGGUUUGGCAACAGUGUUCCGACACAAUGCGAAAGAAAGACUUUUAAACAAGAUGUGUGGAACCCUACCCUAUGUUGCACCAGAACUGAUUAAGUCCAGAGCCUUUAAUGCAGAGCCAGUAGAUGUGUGGUCAUGUGGCAUUGUACUGACUGCCAUGUUAGCCGGAGAGUUACCAUGGGAUCAGCCAACUGAAGCAUGCCAGGAGUAUUGUGAUUGGAAGGAAAAAAAUCAUUAUCUCACUCCAUGGAAAAAAAUAGGUGCUACCCCUCUUGCAUUGCUGUGUAAAAUGUUAACAGAAAAUCCACAAAGCAGAAUCACCAUUCCAGACAUAAAGAAGGACCGUUGGUUCACAGAAUUAAUCAAGAAAGGGAUUAAGAGAAGCCGUGCUUUCUCUGGAGGUACUUCAGAUUCUUCUGGGCUUUGUAAGCAGAUCCGAUCAGAUAUGGAGAUUUCAAUCAUCUCUCACAGUGAAGAGAAGAAUGCAUAUUCUAGUACACAGCCAGAGCCACGGACUGCACUGGCAACAUGGGACAGCAAUGGUUCUCAUAUAGACAAUUUGGUGCAGGGAAAAGGCAUCAGCUUCUCUCAGCCUGCCUGUCCUGAAAACAUGCUUCUGAGCAGCCAGUUAAUUGGUACUCCAGGCUCCUCUCAGAAUGUUUGGCAACGUUUGGUCAAAAGAAUGACCAGGUUCUUUACAAAAGUGGAUGCUGAAAGCUCGUACAGCAAUUUGAUGGACACUUGUGAAAAAAUGGGAUAUGUUUUAAAGAAGUCUUGUGCUAACCAGGUCACCCUAUCAACUACUGACAGAAGAAAUAAUAAAUUAAUAUUCAAGGUGAACCUUGUGGAAAUGGAAGACAGGAUUCUGUUAGAUUUUAGACUUUCUAAGGGUGAUGGGCUGGAGUUUAAAAGGCAUUUCCUGAAGAUUAAGAAGAAGAUGGAUGCUAUUGUUGCAGUCCAAAAAGUUCUGCCUGCUACCUGAUCUGUAAUUUAAUGUUACAUUGGAAUCUGUUGUUCUGACCAUUACCUUCCUCCAUGCAAUGCUGGAACUGUUACGCAAUAGUUGCUAAACUUUCAUUUUUUAGCUUGUAAAUUGGAGUUGUUUCUGUGCUUAAACUCUUAUGGAGAAUAAGGAAUUCACUUAGGUUUGAAGAUGGCCCCAAACAGUUACUACUUAUUACUUAUUCGUUUUUCCCCCCUAACACAUUUGUCUUCAUAUUAGCAAGUUUGUUUGGUAGUUUU